AGAUUAGUAGCUAGGCAAUUAAAUUCUACGUUUUAUCUCUUAUUAUUUGCCACUUUUAAGUAAUGGCAGCUUCAACUCAAUUUGCUAGAACUCUUCUCUUUCUCGUUUUCUUUUUCUUUCAUUCCUUAAGAGGUUUAAAUUCAGCCACAUUUACAAUUGUAAACAAGUGCAGCUAUCCUGUUUGGCCGGGAAUUUUGUCUGGUGCCGGAACGGCACAACUAGCAACGACAGGCUUCGCCCUACAACCGGGCGAAUCCAAUGCCGUCACCAUGCCCACAUCUUGGUCCGGCCGCAUAUGGGGCCGAACACUAUGCUCAACCGACCCCUCCGGAAAAUUCUCAUGCAUCACUGGAGACUGCGGCUCCUCUAAAGUAGAAUGCACUGGCAGCGGCGCCAUCCCUCCAGCGACGCUCGCGGAGUUCACAUUAAACGGUGCUAAUGGACUAGAUUUCUACGACGUCAGCCUAGUCGACGGUUACAACCUUCCCAUAACAGUGGAACCAAGUGGCGGCAGUGGAAACUGCACGACUACGGGCUGUUUAGUAGACUUAAAUGGCGCGUGUCCGACAGAACUAAAGGUGAAAAUUGCGGCGGAAGAAGAAGGGAGUGAUGAAAAGAGCGUGGCAUGUAAAAGCGCGUGCGAAGCCUUUGGUGAUCCAUUGUAUUGUUGCAAUGGCGCUUAUGGAACUCCGCAGACUUGUAAGCCAAGUUCAUACUCGCAGUUCUUCAAGAGCGCGUGUCCACGCGCUUAUAGCUAUGCUUAUGAUGAUGGAACUAGCACCUUCACUUGUUCCUCUGCAGAUUACCUCAUUACUUUCUGUUCUACACAUUCCAAAGGUUCGAUCAAGUCAGGGACCGGAAAACUCCCGUUUGGAGUGGACAUUUGGGCAGGACACGCCCAUGGCCAUGCUGAUAAGUCAACCAAGGGGAUGUCUCUAGUUGUGGCAGCAGUUUUCAUGACAAUUUGGUGGCAGCUCAGUUAGGCGUGCGGAUUUAAAUUCCAUGCAGUUAUUGAUUUUGAUCGUCUAGUAGUUUGUUUGUUUCUGUGGUGCAUCAACGCUUAGAGUUAGACACACGAGACGAGUUUGCCCGAAGCCACUAUUUGGAGCUUCUAAAAAAUCAUGCAAUUGGUCACUGGGACGCAAUAUUUGUGCUUCCACGGCCAUCUAUCAUGCCAUUUCAUGUAUAUUUGUGUAAUUGAAUUCAUGAAAACUUACUGUAAAGAAAAGAACAUAAACACGAACGGUGUUUUAGGAAUUUUAUUUCUUUUUGAAAUCAGAUAUAUAUUCAUUCAUUUAAACAAUUGAACUAGACUUGAAUGCCAAGGUAACUAGUUUUGACUCUGUUUCCAACCACAAGCGAUGCCAAGGUAACUUGUUGUCAUUGCAUUUGCACCUAUCAACUCAAGUUCAACUUCAAGUGCACUAGUAUUUCAUCAAGUUUCCAAAUUAUGCUUUGGAUAGAGAGGUGAGAUUAAUGUUUUGAUUGAUAAUACCAGAGAACCCGUUCCAAAUAUUUGAAGCAAGUGUACAUUGACAAAAAAGAUGGGAAGUAGUUUCAAUAUGUUUGUUACAAAGGGAGCACAUAAAUGGAAUAUAGCAACCUCUAAUCAAUAUAUUAUCAUCGGUUGGCAAUUUAUUGUGUAACAUCCUUCACAAUUGCUAUGAAACCUUUAAU